UUGCCUACUGAAAAUGAAAUAUGCUCCCUAUAUCUAUGUUUGUUACUCUGAGGCGUAACCUCAACUUUUGCAUCAUUGAAAUAACAAAAAUACGCAGCUUCUGAAUUCGAUACGGACCUGGUGGACUACGUCGUCAGCACCGCAGGCGUCGGCGCCUCGACGCGAUCAGCUGUCGUAGCCUGGACUCAACAGGUCGGCAUGCUCUGGACCGGUGACUCUCGCUGGUGCUCCGCGAUCAUAAAUGCCUCUUCGGAGAGGUCGCGCCAAGGCCAGACCCACGUCUGACCCUCUGACAGCCUGUUUAGACGCGAACGGAACCUACAUCUGCACCUCUUUUAACCCCCGUUGCUACAUUAUCCAGAAGGUUACUACUACACAGCCACAAUCAAGUAGCGCAAUAGAAACGGUGGAAUUUAAAAGAGAAGAGGAUUCACACUCUUCUACAAAUAGCAACCCAACGCAUGAGCUUAGACAACCUGAGUCUUCUUCUGACGGUAUGUUUUUAUAUGCUACACGUCCAAUCUGCUGCACUGAAAAAUAUUUUUUCAUAACUAUGCACUAAGAUUUUUUUUUGGUUCAUAAUUUCCAAUAUCUUUGUUCUUAGUUUUCGCAGUUAACAUCUCAAAAUGAGAUGAAUGAAAAUAUCUUUCCGCCUUGAAUACGAAAAUUUAUUGUUAUACUGCAUUGAACCUCUCAGCACGAGUAUACGAUCCAUGCAAUUUGAAGGCAAAAACCAAGGAAUCUAGUAAAAAAAAAUAUUUUUCUGAAACUUGGCAACACAAAAAAAUGAAACUGAGAUCAUAUAUUGCUAUGAAGAUACUGAAUACAAUAUUUUUUAACGCAAAGUCCUAGGUCUCAUAACGGGUGUUUUUUUUCGAGGUAUAUAACUUUAAGUUGGCAUUACUGUUCAGGAUG